CGGCGCCGGCUCCUCGCGGCCGCCCGGGGCCAAGGCGACGCGAGGUUGUACAAAUCCAUGUGGGACGGCCCCGGGGCGAGCAUCGGAAAGAUCCCUGAUUGAAGCCAUUUCCUUGUACAGACCAUGAAAAGAAUGCAGUGAAAAUCCUGUCCAACAGUGGAAAUACUGGUUUAAUCACCAGUUUAGUGAUAGCAUUUCUUCUCUUCAGUAGCGCCUCAUAGUAUAAGAAAAAUGUAUGGAAGUGCAAGAACAAUCACUAAUCUGGAGGGGAGCCCUUCCAGAUCCCCUCGUUUGCCAAGGUCCCCUCGUUUGGGCCACCGAAGAACAAGUAGUGGGGGCGGUGGAGGAACAGGCAAGACUUUGUCCAUGGAGAAUAUCCAGUCCCUUAAUGCAGCCUAUGCUACGUCUGGACCUAUGUACCUGAGUGACCAUGAGGGGGUGGCUUCAACGACUUACCCGAAGGGCACCAUGACUCUGGGAAGGGCCACAAAUCGAGCUGUGUAUGGGGGCCGAGUCACAGCCAUGGGGAGCAGUCCGAAUAUUGCUUCAGCUGGACUUUCCCACACGGAUGUCCUUUCAUACACGGAUCAACAUGGCGGCCUGACCACCUCAUCCCAUCAUCGUCACCACCAGGUCCCCUCCAUGCUCAGGCAGGUAAGGGAUGGCACAAUGUUAGAUCUUCAGGCUCAGCUCAAGGAGCUUCAGCGAGAGAACGACCUCCUCCGGAAAGAGCUAGACAUCAAGGAUAGCAAGUUAGGCUCUUCCAUGAACAGCAUCAAGACCUUCUGGAGUCCUGAGCUCAAGAAGGAGCGAGUGUUGAGGAAAGAAGAGGCAGCCCGAAUGUCUGUCCUCAAGGAGCAGAUGAGGGUCUCCCAUGAAGAAAAUCAGCACCUGCAGCUGACAAUCCAGGCCCUCCAGGAUGAGCUGCGAACCCAGAGGGACCUCAACCACCUCCUGCAGCAAGAGAGUGGCAACCGCGGGGCCGAGCACUUCACCAUCGAGCUGACGGAGGAGAACUUCCGCCGGCUCCAAGCCGAGCAUGACAGACAGGCCAAGGAGCUGUUCCUUCUGAGGAAGACACUGGAGGAAAUGGAGCUGAGGAUUGAGACGCAGAAACAGACCCUCAAUGCCCGAGAUGAAUCCAUUAAAAAGCUGCUGGAGAUGUUGCAGAGUAAAGGCUUGCCCUCCAAGAGCCUCGAGGAUGACAAUGAACGCACGCGGCGGAUGGCGGAGGCCGAGUCUCAAGUCAGCCACUUAGAAGUGAUUUUGGAUCAGAAGGAGAAGGAAAACAUCCAUCUCAGAGAGGAAUUGCACCGAAGAAGCCAACUUCAGCCUGAGCCAGCCAAGACGAAGGCGCUCCAGACCGUCAUUGAAAUGAAGGACACGAAAAUUGCUUCCUUGGAGCGCAAUAUAAGGGAUCUGGAGGAUGAGAUCCAGAUGUUGAAGGCCAAUGGUGUGUUGAACACCGAGGACCGGGAGGAAGAGAUCAAACAAAUCGAGGUUUACAAAAGUCACUCCAAGUUCAUGAAAACCAAGAUUGAUCAGCUGAAGCAGGAGCUUUCAAAGAAGGAGUCAGAACUUCUUGCCUUACAAACAAAGCUUGAAACCCUUAGCAAUCAAAAUUCAGAUUGCAAGCAACACAUUGAAGUGCUUAAAGAGUCACUUACUGCCAAAGAACAGAGGGCUGCCAUCCUUCAGACUGAGGUAGAUGCACUGAGAUUGCGGUUGGAAGAGAAAGAAUCUUUUCUUAAUAAGAAGACGAAACAGCUGCAGGAUCUCACAGAAGAGAAGGGGACAUUGGCGGGAGAGAUUCGUGACAUGAAAGAUAUGUUAGAAGUAAAGGAAAGGAAAAUCAACGUUCUUCAGAAAAAGAUUGAAAACUUGCAAGAACAACUUCGAGAUAAAGACAAACAGCUGACCAAUCUGAAAGACAGAGUGAAGUCCUUACAGACGGAUUCCAGUAACACAGAUACGGCACUGGCGACUCUAGAGGAGGCUUUGUCAGAAAAGGAGAGAAUCAUUGAGCGCUUGAAAGAACAACGGGAGAGAGAUGACCGGGAAAGACUAGAAGAGAUCGAAUCCUUCCGAAAAGAAAACAAAGACCUAAAGGAGAAGGUCAACGCUUUGCAAGCUGAACUGACAGAGAAGGAGUCUAGCUUAAUUGACCUCAAAGAACAUGCAUCUUCAUUAGCCUCCGCGGGGCUGAAAAGAGACUCCAAAUUAAAAUCUCUAGAAAUAGCCAUUGAACAAAAGAAAGAGGAAUGUAGCAAAUUGGAAGCACAGUUGAAAAAGGCUCAUAAUAUUGAAGAUGACUCCAGGAUGAACCCCGAGUUUGCAGACAGGAUGAAGCAGCUUGACAAGGAAGCAUCCUACUACCGUGACGAGUGCGGCAAAGCCCAGGCAGAAGUCGACCGGCUGCUGGAGAUCCUCAAGGAAGUGGAGAAUGAGAAGAACGACAAGGACAGGAAGAUCGCAGAGCUCGAAAGCUUGACUUUCAGGCAUAUGAAGGAUCAGAAUAAGAAGGUGGCCAACCUCAAGCACAAUCAACAGCUGGAAAAGAAGAAGAAUGCCCAGUUACUGGAAGAAGUUCGCAGGCGAGAGGACAGCAUGGUUGACAAUUCGCAGCACUUGCAGAUAGAAGAACUGAUGAAUGCACUGGACAAGACCAGACAAGAGUUAGAUGCCACCAAAGCACGCCUUGCCUCCACACAGCAGUCCCUGGCUGAGAAGGAAGCCCAUCUGGCCAAUCUCCGGAUAGAGAGAAGGAAGCAGCUGGAGGAGAUCUUGGAGAUGAAACAGGAAGCACUGCUUGCGGCAAUCAGUGAAAAAGAUGCAAACAUUGCCUUGCUGGAACUGUCAGCCUCCAAAAAGAAGAAGACCCAGGAUGAAGUCUUGGCCUUGAAGCGGGAGAAGGACCGACUAGUGCAUCAGUUAAAGCAGCAGACCCAGAACCGGAUGAAGCUGAUGGCAGAUAACUACGACGAGGACCAUCACCACCACCACCAUCAUCACCACCACCACCACCGCUCUCCAGGGAGGUCGCAGCAUUCCAACCAUAGGCCCUCUCCAGACCAGGAUGAUGAGGAGGGCAUAUGGGCAUAGCCGGGCCUGUAAACCAAAGUUCCAGUUUUGUUUUGAGGGAUGAUCCAGCUCUGUCGGAGGCACGUAGGCACAGCCAAAUCUCAUGCUGUACAUUGAUCACCUGUCCAACCUUUGCCUAGAGUGGGAGCCCCCAGUUCCUUCAAGAGAUCCAACUUUUCCUGUCUGUAAAGAAGAAGAGGAGGAGGGAGACAGCGGGGAGGAUCCGGUGGCAGUUUACCACCAGAGCAG